ACAACCGUACGCUUCACACUUAUUCUGCUGUGGCAGGGCAGUGAAAGCAGCUGCUUGAACAUUCGUUGCAAGUCGACCUCGUGCAGGACUUGUCGUUUUUUUCGGGGAUUCGCGCGCGUUUUUUGCUGUGUGUGUUUGUUAGUGCUUACAAAACUCAAUGCAAGUGAUUGAGCGGGUGGCUUUCGUCGCGUUCGACAGAUUGCCGCUUGUCUUUUCCGCUUUGUGUUGGUACAAUUUUAAGUUAAUUAAUUCCUUUCGUGUUGCACGACGGAAUCUUGCAUAGUGAAUGGAGAUUUAAUCUUGGCUUUUCGGAAUUCAACGUGACAUCACGUGUGAAACUCAGCUGUUACACAUGUGUGCACGUGUGGGAGUGUGUGUGUGUGUUUGUUUUUGUGUCCCUGGUCGACGAGCGGACGAUGUUUGAUAUUAGUGGCCGUUUAGGGAAACAAAGGACAAACAUUACGUUCAUCUCAUUCCCCGUCCUUGCUGGGUGGUGAGGGUUUGGUCGUGCCUUGGCAUGCUUUCGGCAGGGGAGAGUCGUUCUUUGUUAUGAAUUACUAACCAGUGCUGAUGCUUGUUUUACGAGCAGUUCAAGAGGUAAACCACAAUUAGAGAAGUGGAUCAUUGCAUUGCAUUAGGGUUUCCCCAUUCAUCCACGUGUGUGGCACCGGCUGAUGAACGUACGUAGCGGAACGUGAAGAUGUUUGUGCAUGAUUGAAUAAUGUUAUUUCGAAACAACACAAGAAAGGCAAAAAGUGAAGUGCAAAAUCCUUCCGACCGUGCAGCCAACAACCCGGGCCGCAACAGUAGCGGUGCCUUCGGUCGUAGAACACUGGCUAAGGAUAAAUACCUACUCCUGGUGGGGAGGGUUAGAAUGGGUAAAGUGUACCUACAUUUCAACCUACACAGUUUAAAAUAGAUGCACGUACUUGUUUCGUCGGUCGGUCGGUUGGUCGGUCUGUUUGUUGGCGUAGACGCUCACCGUAGUCGCACACCAGCCAGCAGUGUAGGUGUUGGAAACCACAGGAAAAUUGUCUAGAAACAUUCUCGUUGUCGGAAUCAUCUCGAGCUAUAGCCGAAGCAUCCGGCGGGCAAAACACAUAAUCCUGGUCUUGGUACGGGACAGCCGUCGCGUUUAGUGCCCACACAACCCUGCCUCGAAAGCAUAUUGAUAAUUGAGUUGCUAGUGAUGAUGAUGAUGAUGACGAUGAUGAUGAUGAUGAUGAUGACAUCGACGGUGAUGAUGAUGAUGAAGAAAGUGGUGGUCAUGUUCUCUACGGGCGGAGUUUCGUUGUUCGUGCCAAUGUGAAUCAUAGAAUAGUGCCGUUAUGAAGAGCUUUAUGAAUGUGUGAUACAGGUGGGGAAUUCAAAUUUACAUUUGCCGGAAACGAUACACGUGGCUACAGUGCAGGAUACAGCGGGUGAAAUUUUGUUGGCGCAUUUAUCCGCUUUUCGCUUCAAGUCAAAGUUGGUCAGCAGACAGUCAACGUUUGAGUUAAGCCGAAUACCCGAGACUCCGCGCGCAACAGCCUAACAGUAAUUAGGAAACUUUAUUCGGUCGCAGGAAGCUCAUCAACAAGUGAUUAUUAUCGUUGAACCACGGUACGCCGACGGGAGUGGAAUGCGUACCAGCAUGUUGAGCAAACAGUUGUACAGCGACCCGGUGGAAAUGUGGCUGUGGUCCGCGACGAAGCCAAUCAAUUACUUCAAAUUUGCUAAUCAGGCCGCCAGUGAUAAUCGAACCAGUGGCUACGGGUACUAUCCCCGCCGGUUGAACCUCACGUCGGUGGUCGAAACGGUCUUCGGUGAAACGGUAACUGACGGUGACGGUUCCGAUGCUGCCGAGGGUGAGGACGAAGCACCGGAACAGCUGAUGGCCCUCAACAACUACUGGGCCUUGCUGGCCAUUGUGCUAGUGUUCGGCACCGCCGCCGGUAAUAUUUUGGUAUGUUUAGCCAUUGUGUGGGAACGCCGGCUGCAGAAUGUGACCAACUAUUUCCUGAUGUCGCUGGCCAUCACCGACCUGAUGGUGGCUCUGUCGGUGAUGCCGCUGGGUAUCUUGACGCUGGUACGAGGAUACUUUCCUCUGCAGUCGGAGUACUGCCUGGUGUGGAUCUGUCUGGAUGUGCUGUUCUGCACCGCAAGCAUCAUGCAUCUGUGCACAAUAUCGGUGGAUCGAUAUCUUUCGCUGCGCUAUCCAAUGCGGUUCGGGCGGAACAAGACGCGAAAGCGGGUAGUGCUGAAGAUAAGCUUCGUGUGGCUACUAUCGAUCGCAAUGAGCCUGCCGCUGAGCCUAAUGUACUCGAAGAAUCAUGCUUCCGUGCUGGUGGAGGGCACCUGCCAGAUACCGGAUCCGGUCUACAAGCUGGUCGGAUCAAUAGUAUGCUUUUACAUACCGCUUUGUGUAAUGUUAAUCACGUAUACCCUGACGGUUCGUCUGCUCGCUCAGCAAAGUCAAAAUCUGGGCGGUGGAGCCGGUUCCAGUGGUUGGUCUAGUGGUUGGCUUGGCCAAACGCCGGCACUCGAUCGACGGAAUACGUGGAAACGAAUCAUUAAACUUAGUCUGCCAUCAACGCCGAAUCAUGCACACUCGGCGGCCUCGACUGACACGGAACUGUCGACACUGGACAAUCACGAUCUGUGGUUACUGGAAUCAAGCAUUCCGGAACCAACUCCUUCCACCAUGACGGCACUGCACCAGUUUGGCGAAGAGAUGCUGAAACUGUCGCGUGGGUUGGAAACCGUGACAUGCAGCAAAAAUAAUAGCACUAUAGUUCAGAACACCGCCGCGCAUACCACCGGAAGUGGGAUUCCAGCCGUGCAAAUUUCAUGUGGCACCCGGAAUAAUAGCCACGACCAUGACGAUGGGAAACCAAGUUCGACGGAUUCGAAAAAAAGUUCCUUCAGGGAAAAAUCUGUACAAGCACCAUCAAACCAACCGCCACUGAUGAAACGUCGCAGUUCAACAACUGCCUGGAUAAAUCGGCGAAACUCGAUCACUCCACCGUCGACAGCGGCUCGGAAACGUUUCAAAAGCCUUCCAUUUGUGGUACCGCCGCCCGAUGGAUCCGAUUCGGGAAUCGCGGUGGAUGAUUUCUUCCUCCAGGAAGCCAGCCGACGCUGUCGGAAAGAAUCCAACCCAACAACGACCCGUAAAAAGCACGAGGAUGACACGACUAAUAUCGAAAACGACGACAGCAGUCGAAGUUACAGCGAAAUCAGUGACGGGACGUUGGUGAACCCGUUACGCCUACCGCCACCGUGCAAGUGUCCCUACUUUGGCGAGGGAUGCAGCAAGCAGCAGAAUGACGGUCUGCGGCCGGCGGAAAUAAAAAUAGUUAAAACAACAUCUAACUUUAGCUCAAUAUCAAAUUUCGAUUCGCAAAUCUACAGCAAUAUCUCGAUCACAUCUCAACCGACUCGAUCGACUUCCAGUAGUUUAUCGACAAUACCGGCAUCUUCGCUGACGGUGUCACCGAACAAGAAAUUUAGUAACCUAAAAAAUGUGUCGGUAGUAACCUGGGACUCGCGACGCCAUCAACGACGAGGAUCUAGUUUUGGCGGAGCACGAACCUCGCUACUGCUGACUCCGACGAAACCGAGCGCAUCUAACAGCUCCCUUCGUCGUUCCGCUACGCUGAGGCAUCACAACGAGGGUACGCCUUCUAUUGUCAUUUCAACCGGUGAUAUCACUCGAGGCCCAAUGAAGAACACUUCAUCACCGUGCCUAAUACAGCGACAAACUACGAUACGAUCGCAUCACUCGCGCAAUUCAAGCGUAAUCUCGCGGAACUCUUCGCGCCACGGUCGAAUCAUUCGGCUGGAGCAGAAGGCCACCAAAGUGCUAGGGGUGGUGUUUUUCACCUUCGUAAUCCUAUGGGCACCGUUUUUCGUGCUGAAUCUACUGCCCAGUCUGUGCAAGGAAUGCGAGGAUAGCAUAAACCAUUGGGUGUUCGAGUUCGUUACUUGGCUUGGGUAUGCCAGCAGCAUGGUGAAUCCGAUUUUCUACACAAUUUUUAACAAGGCGUUCCGGGAUGCCUUCAAGAAGGUGCUACUUUGUCAAUACGGUGGCUCGAAACCAUCCUGGCAGCCUUGUAGCUAGCAUACUGUAGCAGCACGUCCGGUUGCAAACGAGCCGGUGUAGCUGGCAGUCAUUUUUAUUGCUGUGGGAGCUGCGAUAUAAGAAAAAAAAAACCGUGUUUCACUUACUGUACAACUUAGCUGACAAUGUGUUGUGGUUCGAAAGAAAAUAAAUGUUUGUACUAUUGGUAAAA